AAGCUGAAGCUCUGCUGCAGGAUCCGCAGUGCUGCUGUGUUGUUAAUCUGCUUCAGUGCAUUUAGUUCAGAGAAGUUAAUGAGUGAUUUAAUGUAACUGAGCUGGUUUUCUCUGAUAUUUGAUUCUUACAUGUCUGUUGAACUUCACUUGUCAUAUGAAAUGUUUGAAGUUGAUCUUAAAGAGGACUUUUAGGAACAGUUUAGAAUUUCCUCAGCUUCGGUUUCAGCAGAACGGCGGUGUUUCUCUUCGCAGAGUGACUCUGACUGCAGGUUAGUUCAGACACUGGGACACAUGUUGGGUUUGCUUCAUCAUUCUGUGGCUCUGAAACCAUUAGCGUCUCUUGGACAUGAAUGAGAACGUUCACAUUGUGUUUGUCCUCGACGGUCUGAACGACUCGCUGACCACCCGUCAGAUCUACUUUGGUCUCACGCUGACGUCGUACCUCUUCACCAUCUUUGUGAACCUCAUCCUCAUCCUCACUGUGUGUCUGUAUAAAACGCUCCACCAGCCGAUGUACAUCUUCAUGGGCAACCUGUGCUUCACUGGGAUCUGCGGAGCGUCCAGUUUCUACCUGAAGCUGCUCAGCGACUUUCUGGCUGACGCUCAUGUCAUCACAUACACUGGCUGCUUUACUCAGAUGUUCGUCUCUUACACUUAUAUCUUCUGCCAGUUCAGCACUCUGACCAUCAUGGCCUAUGACCGCUACCUGGCCAUCUGCCAGCCGCUGCGUUACUGGGCUCUGAUGACUGGCCAGAAGGUGGCGCUGCUGUUGCUGCUCACCUGGUGUCUCACAUUAGUGGAAACGGCUGUGGGCCUGGGCCUGAUAUCCAGACUGCCUCUCUGCAGCCGCCACAUUCCCAGGAUUUUCUGCACCAGCUGGGAGGUGGUGAAGCUGUCCUGCUCUGACACCUCCGCCAACAGUCUGUACGGCAUCAUGGUAAUGGUCCUGCACUCGCUGCAGGUCACAGUGAUCCUGGUGUCAUAUGUCCAACUGGUGCGAUCCGCCGCUCGCUCUCAGGAACAGCGGAAAAGGUUUGCUCAGACCUGCCUGCCCCACCUCGUCUCUCUGCUCGUCUUCGCCGCCUCGCUGCUGUUUGAUGCUCUGUACUCUCGUUAUGGUGGCGGCUCCUUGCCAGCGCUGCAGAACGCACUGGCUGCAGAGUUUCUCGUAGUGCCGCCCAUCAUCAACCCCAUUAUCUAUGGCAUGAACCUGAAGCAGAUCAGGACCCGAAUCAGCCUCUGGAUCAACUUCAGACCACAGAGCCUUCAUACAGAUUUCUUGAAAUAA